AUGUGUGACCGGAACGGAGGCCGGCGGCUCCGGCAGUGGCUGAUUGAGCAAAUUGACAGCAACAUGUACCCAGGGCUGAUUUGGGAAAACGACGAGAAGAGCAUGUUCCGGAUCCCUUGGAAACACGCUGGCAAACAAGAUUAUAACCAGGAAGUGGAUGCCUCCAUUUUCAAGGCCUGGGCUGUUUUUAAAGGGAAAUUUAAGGAAGGGGACAAAGCUGAGCCAGCCACGUGGAAGACAAGGCUACGCUGUGCUUUAAACAAGAGUCCGGAUUUUGAGGAAGUGACAGACCGAUCCCAGUUGGACAUUUCUGAGCCAUACAAAGUUUACCGCAUCGUCCCCGAGGAAGAGCAAAAAUGCAAAUUGGGCAUGUCGACUCCUGGCUGUGUGAAUGAAGUCACUGAGAUGGAGUGUGGUCACUCUGAAAUUGAUGAGCUGAUCAAGGAGCGCCCUGUGGAUGAGUACAUGGGGAUGGUCAAAAGGAGCCCUUCCCCGCCGGAGGCCUGCAGGAACCAGCCCCUCCCAGACUGGUGGAUGCAGCAGCCCAGCGCAGCAGGCUUGCCGCUGGUGCCGGGCUACCCCGCCUACGAUGCACACCAUUCAGUCUUCUCCCAGAUGGUCAUCAGCUUCUACUACGGGGGCAAGCUGGUGGGCCAGACCACCACCACCUGCCCCGAGGGCUGCUGCCUGUCGCUGAGCCAGCCGGGCCAGCCCGGCGCCAAGCUGUAUGGGGCGGAGGGUCUGGAGCUGGUGCGCUUCCCGCCCGCGGACACCAUCCCCAGCGAGCGGCAGAGGCAGGUGACCCGGAAGCUGUUCGGGCACCUGGAGCGCGGUGUGGUGCUGCACAGCAACCGGCAGGGCGUGCUGGUCAAGCGGCUGUGCCAGGGCCGCGUGUUCUACAGCGGCAACGCCGUGCUCUGCAAGGACAGGCCCAACAAGCUGGAGCGCGACGAGGUGGUCAAGGUCUUUGACACCUGCCUGUUCUUCCGAGAGCUGCAGCACUUCUACAACAACCAGAGCCGGUUCCCCGACAGCAGGGUGGUGCUGUGCUUCGGAGAGGAGUUUCCAGAUAUGACCCCAUUGCGCUCCAAACUCAUCCUCGUGCAGAUUGAGCAGCUGUAUGUCCGGCAGAUGGUGGAAGAAGCUGUGAAGAGCUGUGGUGCUGGGUCCGUGAUGCAGGCUCCCGAGGAGCCCCAGCCAGACCAGGUCUUCCGGAUGUUUCCAGAUAUCUGCGCCUCCCACCAGAGACCCUUUUUCAGAGAAAACCAACAGAUCACAGUUUAA